AUGUCCGUCUUCGGCUCUUCCUCCUGGGGAGGCAAUGAGAGGGAGUAUGUGCCCAUGACUACGCGCGACACCAAAAGGUCAUCUACCAGCUUGAGGAUUCUUCUAAUACGCCUGCUUCCACCAGCAAUCAUACUAGCCAUCGGCGUCCUGAUAGGCUCCAAUUUCCCUUUUUACUUGUCGGUGUAUAACCGGCGGUCGUCUACAGCCUCUUCCCUCCUUCCCCGCGCCCUGCCCCCCCUCACUUCUUCUUCCACCACGGACCAGCUUCUGUCUCUCGGCCUGCCCCCGCCCGAGGAGCCCAUACCCAACAUCGUCCACUACGUCUAUGGCCUGGCGGACGACCAACCAGACUUUCCUUAUUUCGCGUAUCUAGCGAUGAGGAGCGCGCUGGUCAGUCUGAAGCCGGACAGGGUCUACUUUCACUGCAUACAUGAGCCGAGUGGGUACUGGUGGGAGAGGGUAAAGGACUGGGAGGGGUGGGAGGACGAGGAAGGGGUCACGAGAGGCUUGGUGGAGGUCAAGAUGGCGAGAGAUGUGCAAUGGAUAGGCAAGAGUCGGCGGCCUGUCGUUCAUUUUGCCCAUAAAGCAGACAUCAUUCGUUUAGAAGUCCUGCUAGAAUAUGGCGGUAUUUAUAUCGACAUUGACACGUUCAUCCUGAAAUCAUUUGCGGCUGCUUCUCUACUCCAGUACGACACUGUCCUGGGGCUCGAAGCUCACGGGCUCACCUUUCUCGGCGGCCCGGGGUCGGACGACGAGAUGCGGCCAAAGGGGCUGUGUAAUGCCAUCAUCGUAAGCCGGAAAGGCGCGUCGUUCUUGACGCGAUGGCUGGAGAGCUAUGAAGGGUUCAGGGAGGACAAGUGGACGGAGCAUUCGGUGGAAAUGCCAUGGACAUUGGCGCAAGUCUAUCCGACGUCCGUGACCGUGCUGUCCGAGCGGGCAUUCUUUUGGCCACUAUGGACGGACGACCACAUCCAUGCAGUCUAUGCGACUACGCAAUACGACUUUGAAGCCUCCGGCCAGCUCGCCUAUCACGCAUGGGAGUCCAAAGCCCGGCCUUACCUAUCAAGACUCGACCCGUCCACCAUUGGGCACAUUGCCACGUCCUUUACCCGCAUGGCCCGCAAGUUCCAAGAACCGGACGAGGAAGCCCGCUGGCGCGCAGCAGGCAAGGAGGACGGGGCGGGGAGCGGUACGGGUGUGGACGAAGGGGUAGAGGAAGGGGAAGAGGAGGAAGUCAUGGGCGGGCAGGUGACGAGGGGCAGGGGCCUGUGGCGGAAGGCGGGCGCCAUGCGGUGGGAGAGGCUGGACGUGCGGAGAAGAAUAGGAAGGACGAUUUAG